AUGGCCCUUGCUUCAUCCCUGGGUCCCAAGCUCUUCGAAGGUCUCAUGGCUGCAGUGUUGCAGCACUUGCAGGGCCAGCUUGGCGUGUACUCGACGUCCGAUGUCAAGCCUCAAGCGCAAGCUGCAAACGCAGUGUGCCUGGCCGGGAACUUCGAACAGCGCCAUGGGCAGCCAAUGCUGUUCCGGGACGUCACCCGAUGUAUUGGCGCCGGCCAUGACGACAUCGUCAAGGCUUUGGGCAAGGUUGGGGAGGACGCUGAGAUGGCCGCCGUGGUCGCGGGCCUUGCGAAGAUCGUGCAUGAGCAUCCGUAUCUGAAACCCAUGGGAACAGAGCGGGCGCCGCACCAUCUGCUCUUUUGGGUGCGGAGCUGUCGAGAAGCGGUCAUUGCCAACCACAUCGAGGACGCGAAAGGCUACCUUGAGCGAGUGCAAACGAGCUUGAACUACGAGAUGGCGCAGGUCGAUGACUCUUUCCGCCGCUUCGACGUGGAUAAGUCUGGGAAGCUGGACAGCAAGGAAUUCGUGUAUAUGUGCGCCUACAUUGGCUGGGGCGAGGAGGAAGCGAGCAUGAUGGAUGUGGACAAUGAUUGCUUCGUCACGCUCGAAGAGUUCCGCCACUUCGUGGGGGACUCCGGAGGCUUGCAGGCGCUCUUCGAGCACCGCCGCCAGCGGGUCGCGCGGAAGCAGUGGGGCGUGGAGGCACCUUCGGUCCUGGAGAUCGGGGCGCGAGUGCGGUCCUACUACACCAUGCCAGAUGGGAAGAAGUCCGCACAGGUGAAAGAGGGCCAGGUCUUGGAACUGCGGGUCAUGCCCAACAACGGAGUCUUGAUCGACUUCGUAGAUCCGGAGAAGCAGGCUGGCAGCAGCCGCCAAGUGGUGCCUCAGAGCUGGAUCUUCAGCGACACCCGCGACAGCGACGUGGUGUCUGCGCUGCGGGAGGUUGGGAUCCUCGAAGACCAGCAGGCGUUCUGGGCUGCCAUCUUUCCUGAGUCCGAGAUGCGAGCUGUGGAGAAGCUGGCGCCCUGCCAGCGGGCGGCCCUGCAGCACGUGCGCGCCAACGCCUCGGCCAGCCACGAGGCCGCGCUGCCGGCGGUCCGGGAGCGCUUCGGGAAGUUGGGCUACUCCGAGGCGGAGCUGCAAGCCUGUUUGGGCUGGAUCCAGGACUUGGCACCCACUGUGGUGCACAUCCACAUUGACAGGGUGGGCCGCUUCAUGGAGACGGACGAGUAUUACAGGAGUCAAUUCGAAACUGGCACCUCCAGCGGAGCUCUGGACAGCAAGAACGCGAUCCGUCAGAGGUGGGAGAUGGAUCUCUUUGGCGGCUCCUACGAGAAUUGCAAGCCCUUCGAGCGGUGCAAGUAUGGCGCUUUGGGCGUGAUGAACGACUUCCGGGGAGUGACCUCGGCAUACGGCUACGGCGAUUCCUAUCUGGUGCUGAAGGACGUGCGCUUGCGGUGCACCUUCGCCUCCACGGACUCGGGGGGCAUCAGCGGGCAGCGCCUGGCGGUCUUGGACAAGUACGCCCACGUGCUGAAAGAGUACAGCGAUGAGGAGCUGCGGCACUUGAUCGACGUGGCCAUGUCCAACACCUCGCUGCAUGAUAUGCCGCAGAUACACCCCACACUGCUGCGGGGCAUGAGCGAAGACCCCAUGGAGAACUGGAUCACCGUGGGCUUUCCCAACUUGGCACAGAGGAAGGGCCGCUACUUCUUUGAGGUGGUGCUCUACACGACCUGCUCUUCGCCGCAAGUGGGGCUGCUCUGCUCGGACUUCGUCUCUGCGCCCCGCAGCGCCAGCUUCUUGGGAGGCGUGGGGGACGAUGAACACGGCUGGGCAGCCGAUGGCCAGCAUGCGAUCCUCUGGCAUAAUGGCGAGCGGUUGCCAUUUUCCGACCUGUGGCCAUCCUCCGGGGGGAACCUGACAGCAGAUGUUGUCGUGGGCGUUGCGGUGGACUUGGACAAGCGCCAGAUCUGGUUUUCCACGAACGGCGAGUGGCACGACCAGCCGGACUUCUCAGAGAAGCAGCUGCGUAAGGGGCUCACCAUGUACCCCGCGCUCUCGGUGAAGGGCCGCGCAGGCUUCAACUUCGGGCCCGAGUUCAAGCAUGAAGCGCCCAAGAACUACGGGCGUUGGCCCGGUGGGGAUGGCCUCAUCCGAGUGGACUGCCCCAUCCUGGGAAACUCCAACCGACUCCGUGUCUACAAGGAGAUCCAGAUCCAUGGAGAGGUGAGCUUCAAGCGGAAUGUGCAGAGGCUAGUGGCAAACAAGAAGUUUCUGGAGAUUCAGAAGAGCCAGCGCUCCUGGGCCAUCACCGUGGAUGGCUUGGACGCCAUGAAUGGAACCUACUCGAGGGCCGGCGCGCGCAACGACAUGCCGCUCUACCUACGCCAGGAGUGCAGCGGGGCGAUCUACUUCAGCAAGAAGAGCGGGUCCUGGCACGUGGUGAAACUCGCGUCCCUGGAGAAUCUUCAGGACAUGGACCUGGACUCCCAGUCAGUCUUGGCUUUGGCGCCGGUUCAGAAGGAUGAGCUCACGCCCCCGCGGGAGGGCUGGGAGAGGCCGCCGGAGCUGCUGGGCUACCUGCCCGUGGCGGACUUUCAGAAGGCGCUGGACUCCUUGGGGCUGAAGGACCACAUCUCCAAGCUGGUGGCGCAGUUGAAGGGAAAGACACCGGAGGGCGAAGAGGUGAUCUUCCGAUCCAACGGGAAGAAGACCCUGGAGGUGGCCUGGGAGGCGUUGGCCGAGCCCCCGGUGUCCGCGGAAGGUGCCUGGACUGCGGCGGUGGAGGUGGCACAGGAGAAGCUUUUCGCCAGCCUGGGGCUGCAGAAGUGCAAAGUGCUGGAGACCGCCCAUCCCUAUGAGACUGCUGAUCACUCCUUUACGAAGACAGUGGCUAUCGCUACGGAUGGCCCCAUCGACGUGCACUUUGGUCCGGAGUGCCGCACCUACGACAGCCGCACCUCGCUGUGUGUCUACGGGGGCGGAUUGAGCAAGGCCUUGGUGGGCGUAGGAGCCCGUGUGCACUUGAAGGUGCCCACAGGUCACGAAGAGGCCCACGGCACCAUCAUCGGCCGCGCUGAAGGCGGCAAAUGGCGGGUGCGCGUGGACAAGGACGAGGCGGAGAUCUGUGGAGUCUUCAAGGAGUGGAUCGAGUCCUCCGACAACGGCAAAGAAAGGUAUUGCACCAGCUGUGUGGCCGAGACUCAAAAGGUGUGCACUGUGCGGUACGAGGGCCGGACGGUGGGCAGUGAGAUCGCCGGCUUCAGGUUUGACACCUCGGACCCGUUGGCGCCCUUUGCCAUCACCGGCUUCAACGCCAAGGGCCCGGCACAGUCCGAUGGGGUCAUGGUGGGCUGGUUCCUGGACGUCGGGGCCUUGCUGAAGGAGGAAAGCUUCAUCGAGCUGGAGGGCGAAGAGCUUGGGGUGGUGCCCAGGAACCUCAGCGAGGUUGCCAGCAACAUCGAGCAGUUCCAGAAGCGCCUGACUGCCCUGCUGCAGCUUCAAGACGUGUCCCUGAGAUUCGUGAACGGCCUGGAUUUCCAGCUCUUGCCGCAGUGCAAUGUGAAGUUCGAUCAGGAUGUGGGUAGCGAAAUCUCGGGCUUCGAAGAGAACGGCGGGGUGAUCACCAUCAGCGGCUUCCAUUCCACGGAAGGCCCUGCGCAGCAGGCAGGCACCCGGAAGGGCUGGCAGCUGAACUUGCCGGAGACUUUCCAGCUGCCCAUCAACAAGGCCAAGCUGCAAGAGCUGUCCCAGGAGGCCAUCAUCAAGGACCCCAGCCAGUUGCUCUCGCUCUCCGAGGUGAUGCUCAUCUUCGAGCCCGCCGCCUUCGAGCCGGAGCAGUACUUCAAGGGCUCGGGGCAGGGCCCGUGGACGAAGUUCACCGUACCGAUCAACACGGCGCAGUUCGUCUUUACUACGGAUGGAGAUCGGGGUGCCUGGAGCAGAAACAACGACCCCAAGCUGCGCUACGGAUUCCUGGCAGUCGUCACGCCUGGCGGCGCCAAGGCUCCGCCAGAGGAGAAGGUGCAAGAGCUCAUGGAGAAGUGGGGCGACAAGGCCACGAAGGCCAGCGGCAUGCGCUCGAAGAUCACCCUGGAGCCCGAAGACUGGGAUGAGGCUCGGCUGCGGGCGCUCUGCGCUCGGCACGGCUGGGAGUUCGAGUGGAUGACUGAGGACGGCGAGCGACGGCGCCGUAUCGAGGGCGCUCAGCGCGCGCGCAAAGUCGCGCAGAAGUGCACCAAGAAGGAGGGUGAUAGUGGCGCCUGGUGGCGAUUGGGCUCUGUCUCCGCUGCCUUCGGAGCCGCUGCGCCCAAGAAGCAGGCCAAGAGGAUUACCCAGGCCCAAGCCGACGCGGAACCUGACAAGAAGUGA